AAAAGCGGCGGGAGCAGCAGCUACUCAUAGCCAGCCGGCUCUACUUUCGACUUAUGGCGUUCAGAGAGAUUCGCUUCGAUUGCCAUAUAGGUCAGAGUCUGUGAAAUACCUGUGUGCUAAUCGUGGGUGCUAUUAUUUCCGUUGUAUUAGUAAUCUCAAGUCGUUGCGUGAGCUCAGGAUAGUUUCUAUCGUAUACUGAAAACGAAAAGGGUUAAGUGCAACCGCGUUAUCGUCGUUAGUCGUCGUUGUCUCGGCACAACUUUAUUCUGUAAAAUAAUUUAGCACCAAUGGCUCCCAACGGGGAGGCAAACAAGUAUAAGUUCGAAGACACUGGAGUUCUCUACGGGAACUCUUACGAACCGCAUGAACAGUACAAGAAAGGCAUCAAUGCAGUGUUGCUCGGCCCUCCCGGGUCCGGAAAGGGCACUCAGGCACCACGUCUCAAAGCGGAAUACAACGUAUGCCAUCUAUCUACCGGUGAUCUACUUCGCGCCGAGGUCGCGUCUGGCUCCGUUCUUGGCUCACGAUUAAAGACAAUCAUGUCUGAAGGGAAACUUGUCGAAGACUCACUUGUGGUAUCGAUGAUUGAGAAAAGUUUGGACAAACCAGAAUGUCUCAAUGGCUUCUUGCUUGACGGUUUCCCUCGCACCGUUAGUCAGGCACAAAAGCUCGAUGAGCUACUUGAGCGACGCAAAACUCAGCUGGAUUCCGUCAUUGAUUUCGACAUUGACGACAAUCUGCUCGUGCGCCGAAUCACCGGUCGCCUGGUACACCCGGCCAGCGGGCGAAGCUACCAUGAGGAGUUUGCACCACCGAAGGAACCGAUGAAGGACGACAUAACGGGAGAGCCGCUGGUUCGCCGAUCAGACGACAAUGUUGACGCUCUUAAGACCCGUUUAGCUUCGUAUCACGCUAAAACAUCGCCGCUUAUUGAUUAUUAUCGACGCACCGGUAUUCAUUUUCGUGUGGAUGCCGCGCAGAAAUCCGAUAAGGUAUUCAGCGAUAUCCUGUCUGCAUUCGAAAGCGCACGUCGACGGGCUUCCGAAAUCAUGAAUUCUGGCCGAUGAGAUUUUGUCUCUUACGCUCAUUUCUAAGUACUCUUCAUUAUGACGAGACUCACGAUAAAAAGAAAAUGGCCUUAUUCAUUCAUUCUGAACGGGUCUGACCGCCGGGUGCGGCCAAGUACUAUAGGGGCAAGCCCAAGAAUACGUGCGUAAAUUAUGACGUGGAACGCAAUCGUACAAAUCUGUUGAAAGGCAAGAAAACAACUUCAACCGGCUUCCCCAACUCCAUGUUCCGUAUAUUCAUCG